AAUCUGGCAACCCUGGAUCGCGACGUUUAGAAGACCGCGCCCGUCCAUGGAAGAUCGUGUGUAUCACGUUCGCGGGUGUCUCGUGCGCGCAACGUCCCGUCGCUCGUGAAAGGACGCGACGCCGGCAAGAGAGUCGAGGACGUGGCUUUGAUUCGCUCUCGUACGAGAGUUAGAUAACUUAAAGCAUUUUAUCUGUGAGUGACCACAACUGCAUCAUGCCAAAGGAUAUACGGUAUUUAUCUAGGAGACGAAAGGAGCAGUUAAUAAAUUAUCAAUUACAUUGUCAUGAAGAUCCUCCUUUGUCGCAAUCAAUUAUUCGAAACAUAGCACUUGAAGCAGUAGAUGAAGCGGUAGAUGAAUCGGUAAAUGAAGCAAUAAAUAUUGGUUGUAUAUCUUAUAGAAAUGAUGACAUUGCCGACAGAUCUAAACGGAUUAGAUGCAUUAGAAUCACAGUCUCAUGUAGAAAGCGAAUAUGAAGAACAUAUUGAAUCACAAAAUGACACUCCUGUGACAUUGGAAGAUGUCACAGAUUGUAUGGAUGAAACGACUUUACGAACAGAUUUACACAGAUUAAUAAUAGAAGAUAAUAUUUCACAUAACAGUGCUAACAAAUUACUUCUGAUUCUAAGAAAACACGGUCAUGUAGAAUUACCUAGCGAUGUUAGACUUUUACUUCAAACCCCACGAAAUGCGUCUGUAAAUUUUAAAGUUAUAGAUAAUGGUCACUAUAUACACUUUGGCCUUUAUUUUGCUCUGGAGCGAUCCAUAAAAAUAUGUCACAAAUUUUUGAAAGCAAAAGAAAUAAAAUUAAAUGUAAAUGUAGACGGUUUGCCACUGUCCAAGAGUUCUGGCAGCCAAUUUUGGCCUAUUAUGGCAUCCAUUGAGGAAAUUGAUGUUUAUACAGCGCCUUUCAUAAUUGGAGUAUAUCAUGGUAUGCGCAAACCUAAUGAUGCUAAUGAAUUUCUUUCUGAUUUUGUAAAUGAAUUUAUUGAACUUUCUCAACGUGGUAUAACUGUUUGCAAUGAAACAUAUACGGUUGUUAUUAAUGCAAUAGUAUGUGACGCUCCGGCUAGAUCAUUUAUUAAAUAUACCAAAAGUCAUACUGGAUAUUUUUCAUGUUCUAGAUGUGUACAAGAAGGCGAUUUUUUCAACAAUAGAGUCAUUUUUCCUGAAAUUGAUUGUACUUUACGUACAAACAAAACAUUUAGAAAUCGAAUUCACAUUGAACAUCACAUAGGUAAUUCUAUAUUAGAAAAAUUAUUAAUUGAUAUGGUUUUACAAAUUCCACUGGAUUAUAUGCAUUUAGUUUGUUUAGGUGUCAUGAAAAGAUUGCUGCAAUUAUGGGUUAAAGGCAACAAAAAUAUUAGAUUGUCAGCAGAAGGUGUAAAUUCAGUUUCGAAUUAUCUAAUUGCGAUUAAGUCCUGUAUUCCAUCUGAAUUUGCCAGAAAACCAAGAAGUUUACAUGAUCUGGACAGAUGGAAAGCUACAGAGUUUCGUCAAUUCUUAAUGUAUACUGGAAUUGUUAUUAUGAAAUCAAUAAUGCGACCGAUACUUUACGAUCAUUUUGUCUCUCUUAGUGUUGCUAUAAGGAUAUUAAGCGAUCCGCAAUUAUGUAUAUCAUUUAAUGCUUAUGCAAAUUCUCUAUUAGUAUGGUUUGUUUCCAAUUAUGGAAAUAUUUAUGAUCGCAAGGCAAGAAUGUCGAAUUACAAUUAUGCGGUUGUACAGUUCCCCGCAGACCAAACAUAUUCAGAAAUACCAAUAGCAUGGCUUAAAGAAGAUGACUCGCAGUGCUGGUGA